GUUUGCAAGAUGGGGGCAAUGAAGGAGCUGUAAAAUGAGGAAUUUGUCAGUCUUGUUCAGAAUGGAGUUUUGGAACUGCUCUGCUACUGGUAUUGAAGUCCGAAAAGCUCGUAUUGAUAUCCGGGUCAGUAUUUUAGUACCAGUCCAAUACCACUUGACAGCAGUUACAUCAGCUUGUACAGUAUAUGUCAUCUUUUACUUGUCAGACGAUCGCUCCAAUCCCCAAUUCUAUGCCAGGGAAAUGACAUGCAUGCACAAGCACCCUCGUCCUACUCCUUUAGUCGAGUGCUGCUGCCUUUUUCCGUCGAAGAGUACCAGGUGGGUCAACUCUACUCAGUCGCAGAAGCCAGCAAGAAUAACACAGGAGGUGGAGAAGGCAUUGAGGUACUCCGAAAUGAACCUUAUGAAAAGGAUGGAGAGAAGGGACAGUACACCCACAAAAUCUACCAUUUGCACAGUAAGGUUCCAGGCUUUCUGAAGAUGUUUGCCCCUGAAGGAGCGCUUGUGUUCCAUGAGAAGGCCUGGAAUGCCUAUCCAUACUGUCGCACAAUUGUAACGAAUGAGUACAUGAAAGAAGACUUCUUCAUCAAAAUUGAAACCUGGCACAAGCCUGACAUGGGCUCUCAAGAAAAUGUUCAUGGACUGCCACCUGAUGCCUGGAACGAGGUAGAGGUCUUGCAGAUCAACAUUGGUGACCGGACACAAGUGUCUGAUGAGGAUUAUAAAGCUGAUGAGGACCCUUCCAAGUUUCGUUCUGAGAAAACUGGGCGUGGUCCACUAGGACCAGACUGGCGGAAUGAGUUACCCUCUCGGAAUGACUGGCCACAUAUGACUGCCUACAAGUUAGUUACUGUGCACUUUCGCUGGUGGGGAUUGCAGGGCCGGGUUGAGAAGUUCAUUCACAAGCAAGAGAAACGACUUUUCACUAACUUCCACCGGCAGCUGUUUUGCUGGAUGGACCAGUGGGUGGAUCUCACCAUGGAUGACAUCCGUCGGAUGGAAGAUGAGACUCAAAAAGAAUUGGAUCAGAUGAGAAACCAGGGGUCUGUGUGCGGCAUGUCUGCCGGAGAUGAAUAGCUUUCUGUAUCAGCUGAGGAUCUGCAAGUCUACGAAAGGCAUUAGUAAGAGGACUUUGACUGAUUGGACCUACUGCAACCUCACCCACACUCUGCUGCCAGUAACCACCUCAUAUUCAUGUGAAACAAGGCACCCACCCGCUCAUUAAAUAACGGUUCAGGGACACAGUGGACCAGUGGACACGUUACCGGGUGAAGGGGCAGUAAUUCUGAAGAUGGUUGUGACUUCAUGGAGAAAACUUUGCUUGCCAUUCUGCAUCUACAGCAUUUGGUUUACUAAUGCGGGAGCAGAGGAGGCCAGUGUCAUGCUUGGAAUGCUGUAAUGUGGGUGGGGGGGCAUUGUCUUGUUUAGCACUUGAGUACACUGGGGUGGGGGGGAGGGGGUCUUAUCUUGCAUUCCUGUAACACUGAACUUUGUAAUGUCCUGUAUGCCUUGUACAGAUGUGUCAAUCAUAAAAUCUCUCCUGGGUACCUGGCCAGCGUUUUGCAGUGGAGGAUCACAUCAAAUACCCAGACGUGGCAGGGGGGGUGGUUGUGUUCCUCUGCUGCUUGUUGACCCUUAGUCACCACAGGCGUACUGGCUUCAUAUAGUGGGGUAAAAAAAAAAAAAACAUUGCUUGGUCUGUGAGCUGCUCCAAGCCGUCGCUGUCCUCGUAUUCUACCAACAUGGGCAUGAUGUGUACAGGGUUUGCAUUGUUUACACUUAGUGUGUUAUUUUUUUGUUUUCUUUCCUUCAAAAGAGCUUGAUCAAACCACCAAAGGCUCUUGCCUCAUUAAAGGCAGCAAAGCAUAGCAGUAUUGAGCUGUCAAUAGUGGACAAUGUGAAGGUGUGUCCCCGUGUUGUGUCCUUUUCAUUUCAGGGCCUUUUUGUGCAGGCUGAUUUGACCUCUGUGUGCCCGUUGUAUUCUGGAGGUUAUGGCUGGACAGCUCAGGGAUUGCGCCGGGCACUUGUGCAGUCUUAAGAGUGACGAGGGUGGGGUGGGAGCGUCUUUCUGCCUUGGUUUCCCCUUUUCGUUCCAAUCUCUCAUUUGCCAAACUGUUUUUUACUGAUCACUCUGCUUUUUUAACACUGUAAACAAUGUCACUGUCUUUUUUUUUUUUUUUGUGUUUUUGUUUAUUUUAUAUGUGUUAAAACAAAAAAGCUGAAUAAAACCACGGGUGCUUCUGAUGAGAGACAUUAUUGGUAAUUCAGUCGGGUCGUGUUUGUGGUAUGAUUGCGUGUCCUUUUCCGGUUUUCAUUAGAGUUUGUUAUAAGUGACAUACGGUGGCUGGUCAUUAUUCAGAUCAGAAAUGGCAAUGUGUUAUUUAAAUGAAAGAUUUUGAAAUGUCGUACUUGAAUUCAGACCUUGGUAUGUGGACAAUGGUGAGGCUUUGAAGUAGUGCAGCUGUAUCUGGUUCCUGUCUUGAAACGUUUUGCAGAUCUUUGUAUUAAAUGUAAUGCAAGACUGAAGGUUCAAGGUCCAGUAGUUCUACUUUAUUGAUUGUGUUUAUCAGCACUUACAAGUCAGAAUUUCACUUUAUUAUAUAUGUGUGAAUUAGGACCCAAGAAACCUAUAACGCAGUUCAAACACUAGAGGCAACGCAAUAAGGAACAUCUUUGUUUGGAUGCAAGGUAGUUAUUUUGGGUAAUAGAAGCUCUAUUCAGACAAGAUUAAUUUUACACCCUGAACUGGGGUAAAGUAACUGUUUCCUCUGUAAUGUUAGUCCCGUAGUCUGUAACUUUUCACAGAAUGCGUGUUCACGUGUCAGAAAAAGAUCAAAGAGCUUUUUACCUUCUUUAAAAAGUCUGCAUAAAAAA